AUGUCGGAACUGGGGCUCGACCAAAAAAAUGAAAUUGCACUUAGAAAUAGCAUCCUUGAGACAAAUGCAAAAAAUCGAUUAAAGAAUAUACUGUUUAAGAGACUCUGUGAUAGCGGUUGGAAAAGCAGGGUCAAAAAACGAUGUGUAGAGAUUAUCAGGACUGAGGGAGCAAAUAAUAUCAAACUUGAUCAACUAGAGGACGAG